CGCUGCGGCCACCGCGGAGCUGGGGAUUAAUGGGAAAAGUUUUGGCAGUAGACACGGGAUCCUGUGGAGCGUGCGGGACGCAGGCAGCGGUACGGGAGGUGGCCGGGACAGGCUGAUGGGAACUGCCCUGUGGGGGUCCAGAUGAUGCCAGAGCUAUGACCGGGCCUGCAGGCGCGGCGCCGAGGGGGAGUCAGCCAUGGAGCAACCACCGGAGGAAGCCCCUGAGGUCCGCGCGGAGGAGGAGAAAGAGGAAGUGGCAGAGACUGAAGGAGCCCCAGAACUCAAUGGGGGACCAGAGAAUUCGCUUCCUUCCAGCAGCUACUCAGACCUCUCCCAGAGCUCCUCGCCUCCCUCACUGCUGGACCGGCUGCAGGUGGGCUGUGAUGGGGCCUCGGGCGGCAGCCUCAACAUGGAGUGUCGGGUGUGCGGGGACAAGGCAUCGGGCUUCCACUACGGCGUUCAUGCCUGCGAGGGGUGCAAGGGCUUCUUCCGCCGCACGGUCCACAUGAAGCUGGAGUAUGAGCGCUGCGAGCGCAGCUGCAAGAUCCAGAAGAAGAACCGCAACAAGUGCCAGCACUGCCGCUUCCAGAAGUGCCUGGCGCUGGGCAUGUCGCACAAUGCCAUCCGCUUUGGCCGGAUGCCAGAGGCGGAGAAGAGGAAGCUGGUGGCGGGGCUGACGGCCAACGAGGGGAGCCGGCAGAACCCGCAGGUGGCUGAUCUGAAGGCCUUCUCCAAGCACCUCUACCACGCUUACCUGAAGAACUUCAACAUGACCAAGAAGAAGGCCCGCAGCAUCCUCACUGGCAAGGCCAGCCACACGGCGCCCUUUGUGAUCCAUGACAUCGAGACGUUGUGGCAGGCCGAGAAGGGCCUGGUGUGGAAGCAGCUGGUGAACAGCCUGCCGCCCUACAAGGAGAUCAGCGUGCACGUCUUCUACCGCUGCCAGUGCACCACGGUGGAGACUGUGCGCGAGCUCACCGAGUUCGCCAAGAGCAUCCCCAGCUUCGGCAGCCUCUUCCUCAAUGACCAGGUGACGCUCCUCAAGUACGGGGUGCACGAGGCCAUCUUCGCCAUGCUGGCCUCAAUCAUCAACAAGGACGGGCUGCUGGUGGCCAACGGCAGCGGCUUCGUCACCCGCAAGUUCCUGCGCAGCCUCCGCCAGCCCUUCAGCGACAUCAUCGAGCCCAAGUUUGAGUUCGCCGUCAAAUUCAACGCGCUGGAGCUGGACGACAGUGACCUGGCGCUAUUCAUCGCAGCCAUCAUCCUGUGUGGGGACCGGCCGGGCCUCAUGAACGUGUCGCAGGUGGAGGCCAUCCAGGACACCAUCCUGCAGGCCCUGGAGUUCCACCUGCAGGCCAACCACCCCGACGCCCAGUACCUCUUCCCCAAGCUGCUGCAGAAGAUGGCCGACCUGCGGCAGCUGGUGACCGAGCACGCCCAGAUGAUGCAGCGCAUCAAGAAGACGGAGACCGAGACCCUGCUGCACCCGCUGCUGCAGGAGAUCUACAAGGACAUGUACUGAAGGGUGGGAGGGCCCUGCCAUGGACUUUGUGCUGACCAGCCACCAGCCCGGCCCGGCCGGCCCAGCCCAGCAUGGGGCUCCUCGAGGGCUCCCACAGAGCCGGCCUCAUGUCCCCUGUACUCUCCUCCUCCUCCUCGCCCGUCCUCGGUGCCCUACGCCUCUUCCUCAUGCUCCCCCUCUCUCUGGAGGGUUCUCCCGCCUCACCUGCCUCCCCGCCUCCCUGUCCCAGCGUCUGCCCCUCUGUCUCCGUCUGGGACGUAGUUGAUUUUAUUUCACCAGCAGCAUAGAACAGAGGUCCUCCUCCGCUUCCGCCCCCGCUGCGCCCUGGCUCCCAGCCGCACAGCGGAAGGCUGGCGCCAUCCAAAGAAACACUAAGCCGCCUGAGCCUGGCUUCCUUGGGGAGCCGAGAGUGGCCCUGGCCGACAGGAGCAGAAGCCUGUGAAGGACACUGGGCAGGGGGGCCCUAGACUGUCACCACCCGCCUGCCCACCCACCCACAGCUGAGCCUGGCAGCCCCUCACCCAACUCGCCCACGCCACCCAACAUCCUUUCCGUUCUUCUCUGCAUGGGUCUUCCAGGCCAGUGUCGCCCAUGACCCCUGUGCUGGCCGCUGGAGGGUACCCCCAGCCUGAAAGGAGGUGAGCUGCCCCCCUUGAGGAGCAGGGUACUUACUCCUGACCCCAGCAGGGGUCUGAGGGCCAGGGAGCGUCAGCACCCAUACUCCCCUGCUCUGGCGCAGCCGAGGUCCAGCCUUCGGGGUGUCUGCCCGGGGGGCCUGGUCUGGGCCAGGAGACCUCGAGCCGACAUGCACCCCCACCUCCCCACACACUCCCUGGAGCUGCCGCUCCAGUGCACACCACAGCACUGAGAUCACUUUACCUGGAGUUCUGGCUCCCUUCCGCCUACCCUCCCUGAGGCAGGUGAGGGCCCACAGGGUGGGCGGUGGGCACGUGGGCGGGCAGAGCUGCACCCCUGAAGGGGCUGGGGCUGGUCUCUGGGUGGACAGCAGUGUCCUCAGAAGGUAAAUGGGCCUUGGUGUUCGGUUAGCCAUUUGUCCCAGCAGCUCUGUGUGCCCCACCUCCCCAAGCUGGUCCCUUGCGCUCGCUCCCCUGCACACACUCCGGUGGCAGGGCCUCGCGGCUCCAGGGAAGAGUCCCCAGACUGCCAAGGAGGGGCUUAAGCAUAGCCUGACAUGGAGGCCGGAGGCCAGCAAGUUGCCCAGGCCGCUUUUCCUGUGAGGAAACGAGCCUGGGGAGUGGCUAGGGACCCUGUGUGAGCCCCCAGACUACCUGGCUCCUGCCUGGCCCUCCUUCCCACAGGUCCUGGUAGCCUGACCACACACUGGGCAGGGAGAGCCCGGCAGAGAGCACAGACCCAGCGCCUGCCCUGUGGUCUUCCAGGCCCAGCCCCCGUGACGGGUGUGCUGGCGCUCCCUCUGUGAAGGGAGAGAAGCUGCCUGGCCAGCACCCCCGCCCUCCUGCGGUCUGGUGCUGAGGGUCCAGCUCUUCUCAGUGGCUGAACAAUCUCCAAAAUGGAAAUGUAUAUUUUUUCUAGGAGCCCGAGCUUCCUGUGUUUUUAAUAUAAAUAGUGUAUACAGACUGACGAGACUUUAAAUAAAUGGGAAUUAAAUAUUUAAGAGUUGACUUUAA